GAAAAUGUCGCAAAAAAUUUUCCAUCGAAACCGCGCGGUUUUAUUUUCACUCCCUCCCCUAAAUCCCUAAUUUAACGCUGCUAAAAACCAUGAUUCUAUUCCCUUUGGUUUCACCGAUCAAAAUCCCCUUCUCAUAAAUUUUCUCUCUUAAAGAUUUCAUGCCUACCCACCACCUUUAAUCUCAACUAACGGAAGAGACGCAGCGUGCAAUUUGAUUGUUCCAAUUUCCUUUUCAACGUUCAAUUAAAACCCUAGCCUCUUCCUUUUGCUUCUAUCGGGAGGGGGGAAGGAAUCAUGUCUUUCAAUCUCAUAUGCUGAAGCCAUCCUGCAGCUGCUUCGGAUCCUCCCAAGAUCUGUACGGCUGAGGACCAAAAGAAAAAAGAUGAUGAGGAUCUGUCGGAGAAGAAUUUGGCUUUGAAACAACAGUUGGAGUUAUAUGUAGAGAGAGUUCAGGAUUCCGAUCCUAGGUUACAGAAAGUAGGUCUUGAGAGCAUGAGGCAUGAAAUCUGGACUUCAACAAGCUCUAUGACUUCUGUUCCGAAGCCAUUGAAGUUUCUCCAUCCUCAUUAUGGAACCCUAAAAGCUUUUUAUGAGACAAUGCCAGAAUCCGAUUUGAAGGAGAGUUUGAAGUACAGAUUGUUGGGUUUAGAAGGUGAUAUUGGUUCGUGGGGUCAUGAGUAUGUGAGUUCCACUUUGUGUUGGUGCUCCGACUUAGGAUUUGUAACCAGAAGAUCACCUAUGCGAAUUUAUUUUUGGAACUUGGCUGGAGAAAUUGCACAAGAGUAUAGGAAGCGACAGAGCGAAGAGGCUGCAAUUGAAGAUCUACUGGAGCUUGUGCAAUAGAUUGUUUCAUUUCAUAUGAACGUAUAACUUUCUCUUUGUCAUAUGGAGCUUGUGCGACAGAUUGUUUCAUUUCGUAGUUUCUAUGAGUUAUAUUAAUUGAAAACUCUUUUCGUUUAUCAUUUCUUUAAUUCAUUUUCGAUACUAAUUUAAUUCAUUCAUUUUGGGGAAGAAUUUUGGGGAAAAAUAAUAUAUUGAAAUAUCAAUAUGUUAAAUCAAUAUUUUGGGGAAGAUUUUUGUCAUCAUAUAGCUGCCAAUCCAAAGAGAAGUUCCAUCCUGUCCUUCAGCUCUUUGAUCCUUCUCCUCAUCUUCCCUCUGUUUCCACUUGAUGCAGAGAAUGGAGAAGUGCUCAGUGAUCACUACAAGCUACUUACAGUUGAUUUGCGUAACAUUCAUAUCUUUGCAGAGUUCAUAUCGGUAGCGUUACAAGCAAUGGGCUGAUUAUUACAAUCAAACGGAAGUUACUUGUGCACCUGGAACAUAAAUGGAAUUGUAUAGGAACUGUUAAAGUAAUGCUGAAGGAUUUGCUUAAGCGGGUAGAGGGAUAGGAAUGGAUUUGUGUAUAAACUGUUAUCCAAUUAAUGCUUGUUGUAUGUGAUGUGAUAAUAGUGUUGAUACUAUGGCAUGCUUCCCUUUGAUA